AUGCCGCUAGGCCAGCAACCACCGGCAGUGACUAUAGCACAGGAAAAUUUUCACACUCACUCAACCCACAGCUCAGUUGGCCCAGUUAUUGCAGUGCUUGCAGUGAUCAUGAUUUUAGGAUUACUCGCUGUUACGAUUGGAAGGCUCUGCUCUAGAAGGAGAAUCUUGGGUUAUGGCCAGUAUGAUAUAGAGAAUUGGGCAGAGACAAAAUGCUCUUCUUGCAUUGAUGGAAGGAUAAGCCCACCUCCAAGGUCUAAUGUGUUUGCCACAUCUGGUACGCCACCGAUGCCUGCACAAACCCCCCAAGAAACAAAGCAGGAAGAGCAAUCUCCUUAA